UCAAACUCAUUUCAAAGCGAUAUUUUUCGAACUUUCAAAAAUUGUUAAAGAGAAAUAUCCUGCAUACAGAAGAACUAUUAAGAGAUGAGCCAAAAGGUAGUGCCCUGCGACGAAUCGGAUCCGAAGCGAGCAUGCAGAUCAAUCUCAAAGGACGAAGACGUCGGAUGUAUUUUAGAUGGCCUCCUCCUGCAAAUGAUUCAUUUGAUAGAAGACCUUGAGCUGCUGCACUCGCAAGUCAACAAGGAGUCAUGUAGAGCUCAAUUAGUCCUGGCUAGAGUAAGACUGCACCAGUCUCGAAUUCCAGCAGAGGCCCAAUUGCCAAGGGGACGACCCUACAAGGCUCUUACUCGCGUCGUAGAGAAAGAUAACUACUGUGGAAAGGUUUUUAAGAUCAUCCGACUUCCUGUUAACGCGAUCCUAGGAUAUCUACUACCCGUAAAGAAUAUAUUUGGCUGUUUGGUGUCAGACAAUUUGCGAAUCGCGAAUAGGCAUUGUGAUAACUGUCUGGAUCUUGUAGUUGAAUGUGCGAAUGUCCAAAGAAAACUUCAAUCGACUAUCAUCUCUAUAGAGAAUCUGCGAAACCUUCUUAAUCAAACCACAUUAUCCUCAGAUGCCAAAUGA